AUGGGUAACCGCGACAGCGACGUAGGCAACAACUCGACAAUCUACAAUGCUGGACCAAGUGCUGUGGUUCAGGUUAUGCUUGGCCCGAUUUUCAAGCAGUAUCGUCUUAUGGACUUGAGUGAUGGUUACGUUGUGGCUCUGACACAGUCUGGUGACAUAAAACGAGGCAUAUCCGUCAUCGACCAAUCAAAUCUUUGGUCUCGCCUCAACGCAGCUUUUGAUUCUGGCAAAGGAUCCGUUCGAGUCCUUGUCCUUUACGAUAGAGGUAUCGAAUUAGUCGUGGAUGUUAAAGUCGUUCAUACCUCGAGGCGCGACGCUGAGAGAGCCGCAGCCGACAAACCUCCAACGCUGACCAAGCUCGCGCGAGAUGGAGACGUGGAUAGAGUAUUGACGGCGCUCGAAAGUGGAGCAGAUAUCGAUGAAUGCGACGAGAAUGGCAAGACGGCAAUAUUCUAUGCUAUCGAAAAGAAGCAACGGAAGCUCAUUGGUGAGCUCCUCGACAGGCCUAACGACCUUGCCAUAGUGGACAAAUACGGGAAAACCGCAUUGGACUAUGCCGUACGAAUCGCCGAAGACAACUCAUUACUUGACUGGGUCCCAGAUUUGUUGAUGAAGAAGGGCGCAUCGCCAAUGAAUGGUAUCGAUCCUCAAACGCUGAAUCUUCUGGUUGCUUCAGGAACUGGAACCGUGGCGAUUGUGCAGGAUAUCCUGAAGAAGUUCGACAGCGCCACAAGAAAGUCUAAGCUCAGUGGGAGAGAUCGACUGGGAUACACUGCUCUUCACGAAGCGGCCUACUUUGGAAGGUACGAUAUUGUAGAGGAGCUCAUAAAGUCCGGGGCGGACCCUGACGCAACGACGAUCAUGGGCAAUGACUCAGUACUGCAUACUGUAGUCGAGAGACGCGAGCAUCGCUCUUAUUUGGGAAAUGAUCGAGGCGACUCUGUGUCUCUUAUAAAAGAUCACGCCAGAAUUACCGAAUUGUUGUUAAACUAUGUGAAGCCAAGCUUGGUGGAGAAAAGACGGGCUUCAGAUAGGAAAACACUACGAGAAGUGGUUGUUGAGAAGCUCCAGAGAGCAACCUUGAGCAUGGAGGAGCUGGCUACCCUUCAGAAAAUAUUGGUCAUUCUCAAGGGUUACCUAAAUGGAGGAACAACGACCUUGAAUGAGCAGGAUGCGAUACGGUCUACCGAUAUCUUCCGUGCCAUCCGCGUGGAAGAUCCUCGCGAUCCAUACCACGACCAGUUGACUAAGAUUCAAGUUUAUGGGUUUGGAUUCAAUGGCGACUCAAAGAAAGUCUUCAGUGACUCGCUCGAGACGUUUCUUCUAGAGACACCCAGAAUGAUCUCAAACGGUAGUCACUGGACUUGGAUGCAUCUGCCCAAGAAUAACAAAAUCUGGGUCAAGGUCUGA